AUGAAUAGUGAUGAAUCACUAAACCCAGUCUUAGUUUUGAGCGAUAGCGAUGAGGAUGAGGCGAGCAUGUAUUUGAGGAGCGUCAUGAAUGAGGCUAAAGAUUAUGAAGAAAAAAGCAUUUACAUUGAGGAAAGCAUGGAUUGUGAGCAAAAUAUGAUGUCUGAAAGCCAAAUCCCGAAGGAUUUUGUGCUAAAUUUAACAAAUGAACAAAUAGAAAAAAUCAACCAAGACUUCAGAAAAUUAAGGGAGUAUUUGUUUCAAUGGAAACAGAAUGCAAUAGAAAACGAAACCAAGCCGAAUAAGGAAGAAUGGAGAAACUUCAUGAUGAAUAAUGAUCCUUUGUUAGACAAAAUCAAAGAAAUUGACCAUGUGACUACUCUAAAGCUAGUUAAAUGGCUAUCAGAUUGAGUUGAAAAUGAUUUUGAAAAUCUUGGGAAAUGAGUUUACGCUAUUUUGGCGAAUUUAGAAGAACCUUUAUCUCCUGACACAGCUUAUUUUUUAAACAAAAUUAUGAUCACUUGCAUCAAUAACUCUCCAAAGCCUCUAUCCUUAUUGUGCAUUUGUUUAAUCACUACCUUUUUUGGCCAAAAGCUCCAUUCCUAA